AUGUUGCAGGACCUCCAAGAUUCGCCAUUCUGGGACAUGGGAAUCCCCAGCCGCGAGGAGCUCGGCGCGAUAUUGAAGAUCCAGAAGAAAGAGGACAGCACUGUGACGGCGAAUAUCCAGGGAGCCCACGGCGGCCCGUUCACGGAGAGGAAAGACCAGCAGACGGGGUCGGACCGGGCGGACAGAUGCGGCUCGAACUCGAUCGUUAUGCAACUCUUGCUCCCAGCGGCGUUCCUCGACGAGUGCGGCACGCAGCUGCAGGAAGAAGACGGGAGGCAGCACUUCCAUUACGUUGGCGGCGAGGGGGGCACGGGUAAGUCCCACGUCAUACACGCCAUCAAGGACAUAUGGCCCGCAUAG